CUUUGCUGAAAUCAAGAUAUGCGUAAGUAAAAAAAAAAAAAAAAGAAAAAAAAAGAAAAGAAAAAAAAAAGAAAAAAAAGAAAAGAAAAAAAAAAGAAAAAAGGAAAAAAAAAAAGAAAAAAAAAAAAAAGGUAUGCCUCACCGAUGGAGAAAUUAAUGUCCCCGGGGAGACGAAAGAAUCAUCAAGACUCCCGGUGGAAACGAACCCGAGAUUAUAUGUCAAUACGAAGAGUAGAGAAAUCGAGGUAUCUCGAUAAUUUGAAGAUCCUCGAUGAAUCUUUAAUGGGUAAGAAAUAUGAAGAUUCUUCCGAUUCGUUGAAAAUCGGUAAUAAACGCAAGAAACGUAAUAAUAAUACGCAUAAUACAUUACCAAUUGAAAAUUACCCAACUAACGAUAAGACAACGUUGAAUUAUCUAAGGGAUCAUAGUCCUUAUCUUCCGUACACUAUUAAUACGGUUCAUCUACAAAAUCCAUAUAAAACUCCUCAACGUCUCGAAGGAUACGCUUUGCGUGACGCCAAUUUUAAGGGAAUGUAUCGAUCGAGGGAAUCCACAUUAAGAUCAAGAUAUAAUCGGAACGGUUUAACAACGACAGAUACGCUUACUUCAAAGAAUUACGAGCAAAGUGAAGAAAAACAUGAGAGAAGCGUGAAAAAUGUACAAACAUGUUUAAAGACUACAGAGAUCAAUACCAUUGUGAAACAGUAUUGCUUGAAUAGCACUCUUCAUGGUUUACGUUAUGUCGGAGAUUCAAAAUUAUCAAUCGUAGAAAGAAUUUUUUGGAUAAUUUCUUUCACAACCGCGGUACUAACUGCCACAUAUUAUAUUUGGUUCUUAUAUCAAAAGUGGGUCACAUCUCCCAUUAUUAUUUCCUUAAGUCCUGAACCAAUUUCUCUCAACGAAUUUCCAUUUCCCGCCGUUACCAUUUGCAAUAUGAACAACGUAAAAAAAAGCGAAGCAAAUCGUAUAGAAAAUGGAGAAAAUAUACGUGAGAAAUUGUUGUUGGAGGAUUUUUGCAAUAGCGAAAAUGUCUCGGUUGCUUAUGAUUUAGAACAAGAAGCAGUGGAAUGGAAUGCCAUGCGACAUUUUAUGAUAAAUGUAUCACAAUCAUGUAACGACAUGUUGUACUUAUGUAAAUGGCAUGGCAAUCAAACAGAAUGUGACAAAAUAUUUAAUCCUACGAUGACCGAUGAGGGUAUUUGUUGUAACUUUAAUUCGGUAAAUCGUAAACAUUUGUUUCACGAUCCACGAGAUUGGCCUGAUAUGAACAUUACUUUUGCAUUCACUGGUAUCGAUUGGAAUCCUGAAAUUGGAUAUGAUAAACAAGUUCCAUCAGAUGCCAUACCAUGGAGACCAUAUGGCGCUGGCCUUUUUUAUGGCUUAACUUUAGUCCUUGACGUUGAUAUUAAUGAAUAUUAUUGUUCUUCGACAGCUAGUGCAGGCUUUAAAAUGCUACUACACAGCCCCGUAGAAACACCAAAAAUUGCAGAUUUUGGAUUUGCUGUAGCUCCUGGUAAAGAAGUCAGAGUUAUUGUAUCACCUCGAAUAUCAACAGCAAGCAAAUCUAUAAUAUCUAUACCUCAAAGGAAGAGAAAAUGUUUCUUCACAUCAGAGAGAAAGUUGCGUUAUUACAGAACUUACACGCAAAGAAACUGUAUCCUGGAAUGCGAGGCGAAUUUCACACAAAAAAUGUGUCACUGCGUCCAAUAUUAUAUGCCAAAAUCAUCAAACACUACUAUUUGCGGAAAGAAAGAUGAUCAAUGUGCUACUACAGCACGAAGAGCAAUGGAAAUUAAGCUCUAUGAUGAUAAUCAAUUGAAUAUUACUGAAAUACCAAGCUGUAAUUGUUGGCCUGGAUGUUUUGAACUAAGUUAUAAUUUAGAGAUAUCAGAUAGCAAAUUGUUGAAUAAUUUUGACAUUCAAGAACAGUACAUUAAAAAAAGCCGAAAAUAUUUUACUGAAAAUAUGGCAGUGGUACAUAUUUUUUUUGUGGAGUCUCAAUUUACUAAAUCUAUGAAGAAUGAACUUUUUGGCUUUACGGAAUUCCUCUCAAGUACUGGAGGUCUGCUUGGUCUUUUCAUGGGAUUCAGUUUUCUUUCCGUUAUGGAAAUAUUAUAUUUCAUAACAUUACGAUUAUGGUGUCGUUUAACUGAACAUAAAAAUGUUCCAUCACGUACUAUAGUUCAAGUACAUCCAUUGGAUCAUAAUCAUGGUAUAAUAUAUCCGUUUGCACAAUGAGUUUUAUAUGUGUUAACAAAUAUUAUAAAUUGUUGUAAUUAAUGUCCGCGUGUGUGUGUGUGUGCAUAUAUAUUCAUACACAUAUAUAUAUAUGUGUAUGUGUGUGUUAUAUAGCCAAAAUUUGAAGACUCCAUUAACAAAAAUUACUAGAUAUUUUUCAUUAUUUCUUUUAAUUUCCACCUUUUAGAUUAGUAUAACUAUUAUCCUAUCGUAUUUGUAUAUAUUUCUUCAAAAAAAGAUUAACUUGCUUUAUCUAUAAUUAAUAGAAAUUACAACAUUUUUUUCAAACUUACCUUCUUUACGAUUCUUUCAAAUAAAGAAUUCAACCACGAUCCGGUGACAUCUUUUAAAAUGUCUCAAGGUGACUGCUUUACGAUAUAAUUCUUAAUGAAAUUGUUUUAAUUAAAGAAAGUUUACGUUCAGCGUGCUCUGAUGCGUCUUCGUUGAGCAAAACGAUCUUCUCGACGCCAUGUUAAUUCUUGUGUUCGUCCCUAUCGAAAGUAACUUUAUAAUGACGUACGCAUUCUUAAGCGGGAAAUUUGAAAGUUCGUCGAAAAAUCGAUAAAAAACAUAUUACAAGAUAUUACUACGCAUUCAAUUGAAUUACUAUAUGAUGUAAUUUUUUCGUAAGUAAUGUUUCCCUAUCGAUUUAAUAAUUGUAAAUUUCGAAUUAAUUUCGAAUUUUACAAAAUUAAAUCGUUCACAUUUUAGCGCUACAUGGACGCCACACGGACGACAAACGUAAUUCAUUAUCCUUCAUUAAAAUACACAAAUGGCGCGCGGUUUAAAAUGUGCGAUAAAUGAAAUUUACGCAAGAUUUCAAAAAUGAAAAUGUCCUGCGGACAUCAUUUAUUAUAAUAUCUAGAAUGUCUGAUAUAAUCGUGCGCUAGUUGUUUUUAAUCGAUACGAUUCCUUAUCUAGACGAUAUUCAAUAUGUUACAUGUACAUUUAAAAUUAUAAUCCUAGUUAUAUUGACAGCAGACUAAUCUAACAUGACAUUUCUUAUUAUUUUUUUUUUCUUCUUUUCAUACAAAACGGUGUAUACACGUAUAAUUUUAUCGGUAGCGAAAACUCAUACAACGAGUUCCUCUACCAAUUAUAUAUCGUAUUUAUUAUCAUAGAUAUAUCUUGUGAUCGUGGCUGACAAUAUUUCUUUCAUUUAACCGAAUUAUAAUAAUACAGAGAUUUCUUGCAAUAAUAUUUUUAAUGUAUGACUCGUUCGUGACGUCCACAGAAAAAAAAAAAAAAAAAAAAAAAAAAAAAAAAAAAAAAAAAAAAAAAAAAAAAAAAAAAAAAAAAAAAAAAGAGAGAGAGAAAGAAAGAACACGCAAAAUGUAAACAAAAUUCAAUGAAUCGAAGAACAUCCACAAACUUUUCCUGAAAAACGUUUUCUUCCAUAUGAUCGUAAAAAUACUUGUACCCGAUAUUCUCAAAAUUAUCCUCCUUCGUGUGUAAGCAUGUAUUUACUAAAAAAAAAAAAAAAAAAA